CUCUGAGCGCGCGCGCGCGCACGCCACGGCGCACCAGCAUGAGCCCCGCGUGUCACGGCGGCCGCCGCCUGUCGCUCUCGGCGGCGACUACUGCGUCGGUCGCCGUCGCCGUCGUCCUCCUCCUCCUCUCCCUGCGUCACGCCGCCGGGUCGCGCGUCGUCCUGGACCACGGCGCUGAACUCCGGCGGCGCGACAUUGCCACCGGCGCCGCCGCCGGCGGCGCGUGCGCGACGGCCGUGGCGCCGUUCGGCUACGCCUGCGAAGAGCACGAGGUGACGACGCAGGACGGCUACAUCCUGAGCUUGCAAAGGAUCCCAAGGGGACGCGCUGGCGCCGGCGCCGCCGGCGUCGCCGGCGGCGGAGCGCGGCAGCCGGUGCUACUGCAACAUGGUGUUCUUGUGGAUGGCAUGACAUGGUUGCUGGGCUCGCCGGAGGAGUCGCUGCCCUACAUCUUGGCUGACCGGGGCUUCGACGUCUGGAUCGCCAACAACAGGGGCACACGCUGGAGCCGCCGUCACGUCUCUCUCGACCCAUCAAGCCGGAGCUACUGGAACUGGUCAUGGGACGACAUCGUGGUCAACGACAUGCCUGCAAUAGUUGACUACAUCUGCAGCCACACUGGCCAGAAGCCGCACUACGUUGGCCACUCCAUGGGGACGCUGGUGGCGCUUGCGGCUUUCUCUGAAGGCAGGAUGGUUGACAAGCUCAAAUCGGCUGCACUGCUCAGCCCUGUUGCGUAUCUGUCUCACAUAACCACUCCCAUUGGCAUCGUGUUAGCUAAAGCAUUUGUAGGAGAGCUCAUCUCUAAUCUCUUUGGGAUCGCCGAGUUCAACCCAGCAUCGCCUCAAGUGUCUAACUUGGUUAGGUCAUUCUGUCGCAACCCUGGCAUUAACUGCUACGACCUCCUUACAUCUUUCACUGGGAAAAACUACUGUCUGAACAAUUCAGCAGUUGACGUCUUCCUCAAGUACGAGCCCCAGCCAACAUCCACAAAAACCUUGGUCCAUCUCGCUCAAACGGUGAGAGAUGGAGUUCUGACCAAGUACGACUACGUGAGGCCCGACGUGAACGUGGCCAAGUACGGGCAGGCCGACCCGCCGGCGUACAACAUGUCGGCGAUCCCGGCGUGGUUCCCCCUCUUCCUCAGCUCCGGCGGCCGCGACUCGCUGUCCGACCCCGCCGACGUCGGCCUCCUCCUCGACGACCUCCGGGGCCACGCCGGCGACCGGCUGGCGGUGCAGUACCUGCAGCAGUUCGCGCACGCCGACUUCGUCAUCGGCGUCUGCGCCAAGGACUACGUAUACAACGACGUCAUCUCCUUCUUCCACCGAUUUCGCUGAGCUCAUGCUCGUUUUGAUCAUUCAGUCACAAAAAAUGAAGAAACUAAAGCAAAAUAUAUAUAUACGGAGUAGCUGCUAUUCACCAGUAGUUAAUUAUGUAGCUAAUUUAAUUUGGGAGUGUGAGAAAAUUACCCUUUAGUUGAUAUAUAGUUACAUGAAAGAUGAUAAAUGGAAAUGUUACCGGUUAUCACUUUGAAAACUCUGCU